AUGACUUGUGUAUGUGUGUAUGUCGUCGUCAAGAGUGUUGUCCUCCUUGUUAUCAUGUCGCUGAAAGUGCUCGUGUUGGUUGGGGUGGUGCUGAGUGUGUGUGCGGUUUGUCUGCAGGCGGCACCGCAAGCAGAGAAAUAUGAAGCUUACGAGUAUAAGUAUGAGGUGAAGGAUCCCGAGAAGCAGCUGUUUUUUGACAAAAACGAAGCAGGAGACACUGCUGGCAAGGUAACGGGACGGUAUUCGGUGUGGUUGCCGGAUGGACGUCUCAUGACGAUCAAAUACAUCGUGGACAAGGAGGGUGGCUUCCAGCCGGAAGUUGAUUUCCAGGACAACGCGAACCCACUGUCCGGUUAG